AUGCUUCUGAAGCGCAAGCGCUCCGAUUCCGAGUUCUCAUGCUCUUCGGCCAGCACUCUCAGCUCUCCUCCACGGCCCGAAACCUUCUUCCACAAGGCACCAGCACAUCUCAAUAGCCGCACCCUCAAGCGGCAUCGUGACAACCGCCCGUCUGAGGACAAGGUCUAUCAGCACACCCUCCACCUCCUCUACUCGGCACAGCAAAUUCAUGCCGCCCACCAGCGAUCGCCAUCCCCAAGUCCGCAGACCCAUCCUCCAGACCAGAGCUCCCAACAGAUGCCCCACUCAUUACAUCCCUUGGCUUCUGCUCAGCGAUCUCUGCAUAACUUCUGGACGCUCCCUGGCAGCAGUCGUGCGAGACCUACCAACAUGCCAAGCGCACCGACGACUGUCCUCUCCUUUGUGGCCAGCCACCCGACGAGCUGUGCCGAUUGCGGGGAUGAUCCCAGCAUAUGUAGUAGCAUGGAUACAGAUGGCGACCUUCUCUUGGUGGACAACACUGCUAAUGGGCUUGCGGCCUGUUCCUGUUGCGGCAAGAAUGUCUGCCGACAAUGCUCCAUCACCAAUCUCGACGAGCAGCGGGUCUGCCUGAGCUGCACGAAUAUGCAGCAGAAGAAUCCCUGCCAUAUUGUCAGGAGCAGGCCGUUCUUCCUGCAUGGCUGA